CUAAAAUGCCAAUACUCCGGUUUCACUUGGCAGUCCAACAUCAGAAAGACAAAAGACUUGAUAGAUUUCUGAACGAAUAGCAAAAAAGCACACAACAAUAAGACGUUGAUCCUUUGUGAGACUUGUCCCUUUCUAGGGUGUCAGACUUCACAGGCUUGGGAGAGAGAGAGAGAGAUUCGUCGUUGUGGUUUUGCUGUUUUGUUUUGUGUGUAUUCUAAUUAUUGACAAGCAUAUGGUGCAAAGAUGAUUCAACUAUGUCAAAUUCUAUGUGGACUGAACAGAUUGGAAAAUGACUCAAGGUUGUAUAAUUAUCAGAGCUUUCAAAUUUUGUAAAAAAAAAUCCAUCAUUUUUCUUCACCUGAGAUAGCAGUAAUGAGAAAAGAAAUUGACAAAGCAGUGGAGACAUUCCACAGAAUUGUUUUCGGCACAAAGAAAAAUGGAACUAAAAAUAUUUCAGAGAGCAAACUUGCAUCAUUUGUUGCAGUACUUACUGAACUUUUGUUAGCUCGUUAUCAGAAUAAUUGGUUUCCUGAGAACCCAGAAAGAGGAAGUGGAUUUCGUUGCAUUCGUGUUAAUACUCAAAGUAUUGACCCAACGAUUUUGGAAUGCCUCAAGCGCUCAAAGGUUGGAAUACCAAAAAGCUUAUCGCACACAGAGUUGACUAUUUGGGUAGAUCCUGGCGUCGUUUCAGUUCGGAUAGGUGAAGAUGGAAGCAUUGGAUCAGAGAUAAUUGAUGAAGAGUUGUACAAAACAAGUCUCAAAUUGUCCAGUAAAAGAUCAGCCUCUGAAUCUGAUGAAGGCUUUUCUUCACGCAGUUCCAGUCCUGAUUCUAGCAUUUCUGAGCGCUCCGGGUCAGUUAGUCCAUCGUUAAGGAGGUCACCUGUACAAACACCAGCUAGUGCAUCAUGUAGUCCUACACCGCUUUCUUCCCUGGAGUACAACCCAUAUUCCCCACCCGUCCAAGUGUCUUAUCCCAAUCGCUAUCAUCCAUCACCUCCCCAAACCCCUUCCCACCAGCUCAAUGUGUCACCAUCUCCUCGAAACUUUCAGGCUUCGGGGUCUCAGGGUCGGCUUUCAAUGCCACAAGCAGCCAACAUGACUCCUAGUCAGCAGGGAGACUAUUUAAUGAACCAAGGGCACAUUCCAGUUUCAUCAACGCAGCGUACACCAUCGUACACUCGCCCUAGGGCCCUGUUUCCCUCCAAUGAGAAUGGAACUGCUUCUAUGAUUGAUGGCUUUGGAAAGCUUGCCUUCAACCCAUACUCAAUGUCUGUCAACUAUGGCACGAACUUGCUUCAACCUAGUUUCUAUGACAUUCCAGCCAUGGCAUAGAUCAUGUUCUUUUUUUUUUUUAAAUCAUGGCGAUUUGUGUGCAUGUUUUAUUUAGCUAAUAUGUUUUCAUUUAGGCCUAGCAUAAACUGAACAUUGGCUUUUACAGUUGGCAAGUGGAAUUUUCUUUUCUUGUGUUCUUGUGUUGCAGUGCACACGAAGAAAAAUUCUCCAUAUUUUAUUCCAUUCUUUCCUUCUUUGUGUAUUCAACCAGCAGUGAAUAUUUUUCCUUCUUGUUCUAUAGACAUUAGGGAUGUAUCGGAUUAGUGCUUUAAGUGGACAGAUUUGUGUCAAUUGGGAUAACACACUGGACUGUUGCAUAUUGGCCAAUUAAGGUCUAAAUAAGUGGCAUUUUUUUAAGGAGAUGUUGAUGUCUUUCUUUACUGGGAAUCAAAGUGAAUUGUGCCAUUUUCUUUUUUAAUAGUACUGUUUGUUGCUCCAAGUAGUAAGUUUAGUCAUUUUAAAUUUUCUUUUUUCUUCUUUUAUCUAUAUAUAUAUAUAUAUAUAUAUAUUCUGCAAUUAUAGAUCAGUCCUUAGAAGUAUGGGUGAAGCAUCCUAAGUGUUUCAUUAGAGAAUAUUGCAAAGUCCAUACUUUAUUGGAUUAUUGAUCUGCAAAUCAAACUAAAGCAAAUGUAAUCUCUCAAUGAGAAUCGGUUGGGAAAAGAACCAUACCUGUUUUGAAUAUAAAAUCUUAUGGGGUGUCUUUCAAUGUAUCGUAAUUGUAUAUUAUCAUCAUAUCCUGCAGCAGAUAAACUUUGAAAAUCUGAAUGGUUUGUAGACAAACAAAUCAUAAUGUUCCAACCUUUGGAGGGAUUGUGCUCGUGACAGGAUUUUUUUUGAUUCCAUAGUUGACUAACCCAAUGCAUUAAGUAGAAAGCCUACUCAGUUGAAUUUUGUCUCAAUGUAUUUGUUAAUGUUAGAUAGUAAUGGAGUGUUGAUCUCAGGUAUCAAUGGCAGUUCAAAAGUCAAGAGUUUUCUUAUUAUAUACUUGUACGAUGUUAUAUAAAUAUAUACAUAACAUUAUAUAUCAUAUCAUUGGUCAGUCCUCUUCAUCACUGUUAUUAUUAGCAUUUUUUUUUUUUUGGUUUUAUUUUCUGCACUCUUGUUCUUCAGUUGAGCGGCAAAACCCUAGACCACGAAAACUGUGAUACUCUGUGCUGCCUUCGCAUUCUGAUAUUAAUCACAAUGUUGAGUCAUCUGUUAUAUGACAUCACCUGCGCCGCCCUUUCACACUUGUUAUAUAUUUUCCAUUGCUUUCAUCCAUGUCUCAUCCAUUAACUUCCACCAAACACAUUCUGCCGCUGAACUGAAGAGAGGAUGCUGAAAAUGAAUUCCUGUAUACUAAGAUCCAAUUGUGCAGCUUGAUUAAGAGUAUUAUUUUUAAAAUGUAAUAUUGCUAUUUAUAUCUACAAAUAAAUGUUUUUAUCAAAGAAUUUGUAUGAAAUGGUCACAGAAUUUUUAAAAAUAUAUUGGUUUUAUGUACUGCAUAGUGAUGCUGAGAAAUUGUGGGGUCACCAUGUGACAUUCGUUUUAGUGACUUUUUUUUUUUAAUUUAAGAAAAAUGAAAUUAAUGUAAUUUUCAAUGUUGAAAUCCUUUUCUUAGACUUAGAACUUGAGAACGUCUGCUACUAACAUACUGUUAAUGUGAGCUGAUAUUAACAAACAGAUCAGCGUUCAGAUUUGGUCUUUCACUUGCCUUUACUCUCCAUGAACUGCUACUGUGUGUACAUGUCAUUGUGUUUCAUUAGGUGUUGUUUUAUAGUUUCCAUUAUUACAGCUGUUUUGUUUUUUUAAAGUCCUUUGUAUAAUGCUCUCAAGACAGUAACCUGUUCAUGCCACACAAUGAUCCACUGCCUACAUAUAAAUACAAGACCUCAAAGGUGUGUUAUUGUUGGAUGGUGACAACUUGGAAAAUCAAUGUUUGUGUUUGAGCUAUUAACACAAUUGUUGUUUUUGUCAGUUGAGAAUCAUUCAUCUCCCCAAUGCACCUUUGACUUUUUUUUUUAAUUUGAUAAAAUAUGAAGGUGGUUGUGAUUUAGUGUCAAUUAUGUUAUCACUCUGCAUAUCAGCAUGAAUAAUUCCAUCUGUGUAAAUAUGUGAUAUAUAUACAUAUAUAUAUAUAUAUAUAUACAGUACAGUUUUUUAAAAAUGGCAAUCGUGAUCCACAUGUGUAUGGCAUUCAUUGGGGACAAAAAUUAAAAAAGAAAGAUUUUAUAUUAACAUCAGUAAUUACAAAAUUUUAACUAGUGUCUGACCAAAAAAAAAAAAAAGACUUUUCAAUCAUACAAGUUGAACAAGGAUUACAGGCGUUUGUAAAAUUCCAUCUGCAUAUUGAACUAUGCCUUUCAAUUUUUUUAUGUUUCGUUUCGAAUUGCAUGCACAUUGCAUCUGCCAAAGGCUAGUGAGCUUAAUCAUGCAUAUUUAACAGCAUGGGAGCAUUAUAUAACAUGACAUUGGCUUUGCUUUAGUUUUAGUAACAUUGUUUUAUUGACAUUUUAGAAUGUUUGACUUGUGGUUUAGCUAACAGUCUGGGCUAUCUUUAAUGAACAUUUAUUGCAUUUUGUUUUUCCUCUUUAGUGAUUCCAAACCAUCAGAAUCAUUUUCUUUAUUAUCUGAAAUUGAAAUGAAUUGUAUUUAUCAAAAUUCUAUCUCCACAUUUUGGUUGGCUAUCCAUCACGUACCAUCAACUGCAGAGUUAAAGAGAGAUGCAUAACAUUUUGUUUUCCCUAGAUCAUAUUUAUUUAUACAUUUAGAUGACACUUAGUUUUGUUUUCCUACUUUGUUAACUAGUCACUAUGACCCAGACAGCAUUGGUGCAGUCUUUGUAAUUGUUAUACAGUAUUGAAUGAUAUCAGGUGUGAGGGACACCGCCAAUGUGUUCAAAGCAAAUAUUGAUUCAAAAUUCACUGUCUAAUGUUAUUGAAUGGUUAACUAUGGAGUUCAUAAAUAUUAUAUACAUAUAUAUAUAAAUAUUGUACACUUAGAAACUAUAUAAACCAAAUUGCAGGUUAUUUGUUUGUUUUUAACCCCCUCCUGAUGUAAAUUGCUUUAUCGUGCACUUGAAUUAAUGAUUUUAAAAAAAGCAACAAAAAAAAGAUGAUGUACAGAAAUGUUUGAAUUAUGUGAAAUAAAUAAACAUGCUUUAGUUUGAAA